GAGAACUGUAGCUUGGUUGUCCGCCAUUGCUGAGUGUGGAGAUCUUACGUUAGAGAAACAUUGCCGUUUGGUUGUCAACAACCAACUACGGACUAGUGAGGCUCGAGUGGAAGCUCCACAAGUAUACUUCCCUGUACCUAACCAGAUAAUAUUUUCAUGAAAAAACAGAACACACAGACGAGGUAACCAUGUCCAAUCUCAGCAAAGGCGGCACAAAAAAGGACACCAAGAUGAGGAUACGAGCUUUUCCUAUGACGAUGGACGAGAAGUAUGUCAACAACAUCUGGGACCUUCUGAAGAAUGCCAUCCAGGAGAUCCAGAGGAAGAACAACAGCGGGCUGAGCUUCGAGGAGCUCUACAGGAACGCCUACACCAUGGUGCUGCACAAACACGGCGAGAAGCUCUACACAGGCCUCCGGGAGGUGGUCACUGAGCAUCUCAUCAACAAAGUACGGGAAGAUGUCCUCAACUCACUAAACAACAACUUCCUCCAAACACUAAACCAAGCCUGGAACGACCACCAGACAGCCAUGGUCAUGAUCAGAGACAUCCUCAUGUACAUGGACCGGGUGUAUGUGCAGCAGAACAAUGUGGAGAACGUCUAUAACCUGGGCCUGAUCAUCUUCAGAGACCAGGUGGUGCGCUACGGCUGCAUCCGAGACCACCUCCGACAGACCCUCCUGGACAUGAUCGCACGAGAGAGGAAGGGCGAAGUGGUGGACAGGGGGGCGAUCAGAAAUGCCUGCCAGAUGUUAAUGAUCUUAGGCCUCGAAGGGAGGUCGGUUUACGAAGAGGACUUUGAGGCCCCGUUUUUAGAAAUGUCUGCAGAGUUCUUCCAGAUGGAAAGUCAAAAGUUUUUGGCGGAGAACAGCGCAAGCGUGUACAUAAAGAAAGUGGAGGCGCGAAUAAACGAGGAGAUCGAGCGCGUGCUGCACUGCCUAGACAAGACGACAGAAGAGCCCAUUGUGAAGGUGGUGGAGCGGGAGCUCAUCUCCAAGCACAUGAAGACCAUCGUGGAAAUGGAGAACUCGGGCCUCGUCCACAUGCUCAAGAACGGAAAGACAGAGGACCUGGCGUGUAUGUAUAAGCUCUUUAGCAGAGUGCCAAACGGACUGAAGACCAUGUGUGAGUGCAUGAGCUCCUACCUCCGCGAGCAGGGCAAGGCGCUGGUGUCAGAGGAGGGCGAGGGCAAAAACCCUGUGGAUUACAUCCAGGGUCUGUUGGAUCUGAAGUCUCGUUUCGACCGCUUCCUUCUAGAGUCGUUCAACAACGACCGGCUCUUCAAGCAGACCAUCGCAGGGGACUUUGAAUACUUCCUCAACCUCAACUCGCGCUCCCCCGAGUACCUCUCCUUGUUCAUCGACGACAAGCUGAAGAAAGGCGUAAAAGGAUUGACGGAGCAGGAGGUGGAGUCGAUCCUGGACAAGGCCAUGGUGCUCUUCAGGUUCAUGCAGGAGAAGGAUGUGUUUGAGAGGUACUACAAACAGCACCUGGCCAGGAGACUGCUCACCAACAAGAGCGUCUCGGACGACUCUGAGAAGAACAUGAUCUCUAAACUCAAGACGGAGUGUGGUUGCCAGUUCACCUCCAAACUAGAAGGCAUGUUCCGAGACAUGAGCAUCUCAAACACAACCAUGGACGAGUUCCGUCAACAUCUACAGUCAACAGCGGUGUCGUUGGGUGGAGUCGAUCUCACAGUGAGGGUUUUGACGACAGGUUACUGGCCAACGCAGUCUGCCACGCCCAAAUGUAAUAUCCCCCCUUCUCCUCGACAUGCAUUUGAAGUCUUUAGAAGAUUUUAUCUGGCAAAACACAGCGGCAGGCAGCUUACAUUGCAGCAUCACAUGGGCUCUGCAGACCUCAAUGCCACCUUCUACGGGCCAAUCAAAAAGGAGGACGGCUUGGAGGUGGGGGUGGGCGGUGCCCAAGUAACAGGCUCCAACACCAGGAAGCACAUACUGCAGGUGUCCACCUUCCAGAUGACAAUACUCAUGAUCUUCAACAACCGGGAGAAGUCCAUGUUUGAGGAGAUCCAGCAGGAGACAGACAUCCCAGAGAGGGAGCUAGUGCGAGCGCUGCAGUCGCUGGCCUGCGGGAAGCCCACCCAGCGGGUCCUCACUAAGGAGCCCAAGUCCAAGGAGAUCGAGAACGGUCAUGUGUUCACCGUCAACGACCAGUUCACCUCCAAGCUGCACCGCGUCAAGAUCCAGACAGUCGCCGCUAAGCAAGGAGAGACGGACCCGGAGAGGAAGGAGACGCGGCAGAAAGUGGACGAUGAUAGGAAGCACGAGAUCGAGGCGGCCAUCGUCCGCAUCAUGAAGUCUAGAAAGAAGAUGCAGCAUAACGUGUUGGUAGCAGAGGUCACCCAGCAAUUGCGAUCGCGAUUCCUCCCCAGUCCUGUAGUCAUCAAGAAGCGCAUUGAAGGACUCAUUGAGCGGGAAUAUUUGGCACGGACACCGGAGGAUCGCAAAGUGUAUACUUAUGUAGCAUAAGGGCGUGAAUUCAAUCAAACUUGACACAAAAAUAAACAAUACUUUUUUUGGGGGGGGGGG